UUAAAGACGGAUUCAUAAUUUCCACAACUCUACUUGCACUUUCCCAAUUCACGUCUCAAACCCUCCUCUCCAUCCAUUCAUAUCUCAAAGCAAAGCUCACACCUGCAGCUCAAUUCAUCAAACAUGUCAAUUGUGCCUAUCAAUAGUGACCAGAGAGACCUCACCAUCUUCAGCCCCUUUUCUUCUCUAGACCUUUGGGACCCUUUCCCAGAUUUCCCAUUCUCUUCCCUACUUUCGGAUCACUUUCCUGAACUUUCUCGGGGGAUUUUCUCUUCAACACAAACACAAGUUGGGUGGAAGGAGACACCAAGAUCACACGUGUUCAGGGCAUACCUGCCAGGAGAGGAUGCCUUGGUUUACAUUGAUGAUGACAGGAUGCUCCAAAUAAGCACAGAGAGCGGCAAGUUCAGUGGGAAAUUUAAGUUGCCUGUGAAUGCCAAAACUGACCAGGUUGAGGCAAGGAUGGUCAAUGGUGUGCUGAUUGUCACUGUUGCAAAGGAGGGUGCUGCUUCUGAAAGGCCUAAUGUUAGGGCAAUUGAGAUCUCUGGGGAGUGAUUGUAAUGGAUCAGUGAAAUGCUGUGUCUAUGUGUGUGUAAGUGGUUGUGUAGAAGUAAUAACUAAGAAAUGUAAGAUCUGGGUCUGUAAUAUAUUGAUCUGAAGUCUGUUUCUGUGUCUUGGUCUUGGAAGUGAGAGUGUUUGGCUAGCUGGGUUGAUAUGUAUGAAUUUAUCUUAAUUAUGUUGCUAUUAUCUUGGAAAUAUUUGUUGGUGUUGUCGCCU